AGCAGCAAACAAUAGCGUUUACGCGGCCGCCUCUGCGAGGUCGCAUAUUCUUCGAUAAGUGCUUGAGAACAACAGGCACCCGAAUUUAGGGGAGCGGACUGCGUCUUGGCUGCAAUCUACGAACUGAUAACACUCAAAAGAUAUAACGACGACGACUCAUUUUUGGUAACAACACUUUACGAAACGCCCCAGCUUUGGUAUCCGGUUGGCUGUGCCUCUGGCCCCGCAGUUGUGUGUUGCCCGGCACGUGGGAAAGCGUUUGCUCGGCAUCCGUGAUAGUGGUUGGUCGGUUGUUUUACUCAGCAAGCGCCGGACAGUAUCGUGGGGUUCCCUGUUUGAGUGAGUGUUUUACGAGAAGUAUCUGCGAAGUGGCAUGGAUUCAUCCGAGGAAUCUUCGGAGAUUUCUGACGGGAGCAGCGACGACGACAACAACAUCCUUCAGGUCGAACUUCGUCAGCGGGAGGCCAUAUCAAGGGCCUUGUCGAAAGCACGGAGCGCGUCCUGGCUCUCUCUGGAAGACGUCGAGGAAUCCCGGGACUACCGGCUCGGAAACACCAUCUGGUGCAUGUGUGGCCACUGCAGCCGCAUGUCGGUGGCCAGCGAAUCGACGUGUUGCCUGGAGAUUCCGGAGGUGGCCAAGGCGGUCGGUACCCACGGCUGCAUCACCCUGCAUCCUGGCUUCGAGAGCGUCUGCCUAAACUUGCACAGCCUCCAGGUGCCUUUCUACUGGUGCAUGGAAAACCAGCCGAAAUACCUGUGUGGCCUGCACGAGCACGAGCAAUACAGGAGAAUAGCGUACCGCCAGUUCACCCGCUGGGUCUGGCACCGCCUGGGCAAGUCCAUGCACCGACCAGUGCCGAGCUGCGUCACCUCCAAGAUCCGCAAAACGCUGGUCCCAGAGUCUGAAGUGAGCUGGGCGUACCCAAGAUUUUGAAGACGGCUCGCCAUAACCGCACCUUCACCCGACUGCGUUGCUAGCUGCGAUUUGUCUUAGGGCAAAUGGUCAGCACUGUGUACGCUUCUUGGCACGCAUUAGACGUUUAAUUGUGUACUGUACCGUAUCUACAUUCUUCCGUUUUGAGUAUACAAUUUAUUCUAAUAAUUUGUGUCUAUCGGUGCUGGCAUGCCUCCGUAAAGCGUAAUUUUUAUAUUACGUUUUCUUUUUCGCAAAAAAAAUGUUUUAAUGUGAUGCGACACGCAAUGAAGUACCUGAAUGCACGCGGCCUGGUUGCUCACGUAACGAUGGCUACACCCGUAAUUGUAUUAGUAGUUGAUUGCGUUAAAGCGAAAGAUUAGUGUUAGACAACGUAUGAUGCACGAAAUGUGAGCCUUGCGCGUCUUCGUGUUGAUUCAUAAGCCAUGCUGCAGUACAUGCGCGUACAUGUCUACUGAAUAUCCAAACUUUAAUACGCACGCAGGCAGAUACAUCGCAUGGCUGUGCGUGCAUCCAUUCACAUGUGCCGUUCGCGAGUUUGAUUUUUUGUAGUUUUUAAUCAAUGUUUUGCACCAGUG